AUGUCGAAGCGCAUGAGCUUCGUCGAUUUGGCGCAUCGAGGUGCCGUCACUGGCCUCGUUGGUCUCGGUAUCUGGGGCCUGUGGCUCACAGCUGCGGUCUGGAAGUCCCGUCGAGACGAGCGACUGAUCAUCUCUGCCAACGGCGGCCAGAUCCCCAUCUCGCAACAAGCAAUUGUACUAGCUCAGCAGAACGGCCAAGAUCCAUAUCCUAUCACCAACGAUCCUAAGCACGAACCCGGCCGUCGGGUAUAG